AUGACGGGACGGGACCUCCAGCCCUCACUCCAGUUCUCCUCAGGCGCCUCUCGCGACGCGGGGGCGGGGCUUUCGGUUGAGCCAAUCAGCGGCGCGGUGAGGGCGGAGCAAAUUCGAUUAAAAAAUAUAAGAAACGUAUAUGGAAGAUGCUUGUGGUAUCGUUUGCGACUGUUAAAACCACAACAAAAUAUAAUUCCUACAGUAAAGAAAAUAGUCCUCCUUGCUGGCUGGGCAUUGUUUUUGUUUCUUGCAUACAAAGUUUCCAAAACGGACCGAGAAUAUCAAGAAUACAACCCUUAUGAGGUUUUACAUUUGGAUCCUGGAGCAAGUGUAUCAGAAAUUAAGAAACAAUACCGUGCACUGUCGCUAAAAUACCAUCCAGAUAAAGGAGGAGAUGAAGUUAUGUUCAUGAGGAUUAUCACAGAAUCACAGAAUGGGGCAUACUGGGUCAGUCACAUCAGCAGAGAGCCUAGCGACUUAACUGAUGAAGAAUCACGAAAAAAUUGGGAAGAAUUUGGUAAUCCAGAUGGACCACAAGCCACAAGCUUUGGUAUAGCUUUGCCAGCUUGGAUCGUGGAUCAGAAAAAUUCGAUUUUGGUUUUGCUUGUGUACGGAUUAGCAUUUAUGGUUAUUCUUCCAGUUGUUGUGGGUUCCUGGUGGUACCGAUCAAUACGAUAUAGUGGAGAUCAGAUUCUCAUUCGGACAACUCAAAUAUAUACAUAUUUUGUCUAUAAAACACGGAACAUGGACAUGAAACGGCUUAUCAUGGUUUUAGCAGGGGCAUCCGAAUUUGAUCCUCAGUACAAUAAAGAUGCUACGAGCAGACCAGCAGACAACAUUCAGAUACCACAGCUAAUCAGAGAAAUUGGUGGCAUAAAUUUAAAGAAGAAUGAGCCUCCGCUCACCUGCCCUUACAGCCUAAAAGCCAGAGUUCUGCUGUUGACUCACCUUGCCAGGAUGAAAGUUCCUGAGGUCCUUGAAGAAGAUCAACAGUUUAUCCUGAAAAAGAGUCCUGCACUACUUCAAGAAAUGAUUAAUGUGAUCUGCCAACUAAUAAUAAUGGCUCGAAGCCGGGAAGAAAGGGAGUUCCGUGCUCCAUCUUUGGGAUCGUUGGAAAAUUGCAUGAAGCUUUCCCAGAUGACUGUCCAGGGACUUCAGCAGUUCAAGUCUCCCCUUUUGCAGUUGCCUCACAUUGAAGAGGACAACCUUAGGCGGGUCUCCAAUCAUAAAAAGUAUAAAAUCAAAAGUAUUCAGGAUUUGGUGAGUUUGAAAGGUUCUGAUCGUCGCAAUUUACUGCAUUUCCUAGAAGAUAAGAAAUAUGAUGAAGUUAUGGCUGUCCUUGGCAGCUUUCCAUAUGUCACUAUGGAUAUAAAACCACAGGUUUUGGAUGAUGAAGACAGCAACAAUAUUACAGUAGGUUCUCUUGUCACUGUUCUGGUCACACUAACAAGACAGACCAUGGCAGAAGUGUUUGAAAAGGAACAGUCUAUAUGUGCAGCAGAAGAGCAACCAACAGAAGAUGGGCAAGGAGAUGUCAACAAAGUUAAGAGCAAAGGAUGGCAGCAAAAGAAUAAAGGAACCAAGAAAGCUUCAAAAUCAAAGAAAAAGAAACCAUUGAAAAAGAAACCUGUGCCACCUUCGUUGCAGCCACCGAAACAGCAGAAGCAAAAACAAGCUAAUGGGGAAGUAGUUGCGAAGGAAGAAGAAGAGGAGAUCUCUGAUAAAGGAAGUGAAUCUGAAGAAGAAGAAACAAACAGGGACUCUCAAAGUGAAAAAGAUGACGGAAGUGACAGAGAUUCUGACAGAGAACAAGAUGAGAAGCAAAACAAAGAUGAUGAAGCUGAGUGGCAAGAAUUACAGCAAAGUAUACAGAGAAAGGAACGAGCCCUUCUUGAAACGAAGUCAAAGAUAACACAUCCCGUUUACAGUCUUUUUUUCCCUGAGGAAAAACAAGAAUGGUGGUGGCUAUAUAUUGCAGAUCGGAAGGAGCAGAUGCUAAUAUGUAUGCCAUAUCACGUUUGUACACUAAAAGAUAAAGAAGAGGUAGAGCUGAAGUUCCCGGCACCAGGCAAGCCUGGAAACUAUCAGUACACAGUUUAUUUAAGAUCGGAUUCAUAUAUGGGUUUGGACCAGAUUAAACCAUUGAAGCUGGAAGUUCAUGAAGCAAAACCAGUGCCAGAAAAUCAUCCACAAUGGGAUACAGCAAUAGAAGGUGAUGAGGACCAGGAAGACAGUGAGGGCUUUGAAGACAGUUUUGAGGAGGAAGAGGAAGAGGAGGAAGAUGAUGAUUAAACAAUACUAUUGAUUGACUACAAUAUCUGCACACACUGCAAACUCUUGGUCUGACUGUGGAACUGUACAAUAACCAAGAAACACAGUACAGAAGCUUUGAGAAGGCUGAGUUUAAUUUUUCUUUACCAAUUAAGAGUGCAUUAUGUAACUUCUCAGUGGAGGUGAAACAAAUCUGUUGCCAUUGAUACACCUUGGAAUAUGCUUAUGGCUCGUUAUAGCCUUCAAGUGCAGGAUGGUGCAUUUGUUUCAAUUGAAAAAUAAAAGCUUUUUUAUUAUAAAUGUCCGAAAGUGUGGGCUAUGUAUUGUCUGAUCAGUUUAGGGUCCAAUUUAAAUAAAAGGUACUAUUAGCUAGGAGCAAAUUUAAAUCAAUUUUUCUGCAUUAGGAAUUUAUUUUAGAAAUCAUUUUGGUAUAUUUGACAUUACAAAUCUCUGUUGAUUGAAACAACAUCUGCUCGACUUUCAAACUUGAUUGGUUCUGUGGUAUUCAUUAAAUAUUUUGCUGUGAUACUGCUCACAUCAUCCAUAGCUUUAAAAAUCUGUUUUACUUAACUGGAUCAUUAUAAAUUGGCAUCAUACCCAUUGCCACAUUCCAUAUAUUCUGGAGGGCUGCUUUUUUAGGACUGUUGCCUUUUUAUGCCCAAGAUUAUAAUGGAAAUCAUAAACUUUCUUGACUCUGCCAUAGGAUACUUAUUAAUGGCUUAAAACAUUUUUAAGCCUUUACUUCCUCAGAUCAGCAGAAUAUCUGAGUCUUUUGAUAAACAAAAUGUCUGAAAGCAAUUUUGGGACCACGUGUUACUUAACUUGGUGGCUUUUGUGUAAUACCUUUAUGAAAGGUACGUGCUGGAAGCCGAAGUAUAUUCUACCUGACACCGUCGGAAACAUUUUAAGGGUAAAAUACAACAUGCAAAGAGGGCAUGUUUUGUAUCAAUUUUGGAUUCCCAUCAAUAAACUGGACAAUUUGAUGGC